UCAUAUUAAGUGAAACCUAGGUACGGGUAGUAGGGAGAGAUUUUCCUUCGUUUAUCUGUCUAAUUGUUUAUCGGCAUCUACACAGAACAUCUUUAGUUGGGGGAGUAUUUUAGUGUGAACACAACUCUCCAUGCAGUAGUAAUUUGUGUCAUUCGCGACCUGUCGGCUCCAUCCAUGCAACGGAGUAGCAGAUAAUAAUUAUUUUGUUUCAAUGUCAUUACCGAAAGAUGAAGAAAAGCUGAAAACGGAACCUGACCGUUUAACGAACUCAAACCAUGCCAAGAAAAAAACUAAAGGCAGAGAAUUCACCAGAGCCCACAAUGAAGAAACUAACCCUUGUGUCAGAGAAUCUCUGAUGUCCUUCAAAUGUCUCGAUGACAAUGGCUAUGUACGUGAUAAAUGUGAGAAAUAUUUUACCAACUAUCGCAACUGUCGAGAAUUUUGGUCAGUCAUUGUCAGGGAACGAAAACGAGCUGGGAUAACACCUAAUCUUCCUUCAAUCGAAGAUCGAGAAGAAAUCAGAAGGACUAGAUUUGGACCUGUACUGUAAGAGCUGAUUCCAUUCCUGAGAUUGGACUGUCAUUUUGGACUUGUAAAACCUCAGAAUAUUCAUAGUGAUGCAAUCCAGCCUGAGAUAGCUGUGACACAAAAACCUCUUUAGUAUGUGUUUGUAACAGCAUUUUAUAGUGUCACCUAACAAAAAAAAAAUAGAACAGUGGAAUAGUUUAUUUUAUUUUUUAUUAUAUUUAUUAAUUUUUAUUCCAGUUCAAAUCACAC